UGUUGCCAGUUGCCAAUUGCUGCUUGUUCUCAAUUUUGUUUGUGUCAACUCAAUGAAACACUCAACAGUUAAAUAGCCGUGAACGCCCUAAGAAACAGUGAAGCCUAAACAAAUACUCUAAUUAUGAGAUAUAUGUUAUACAUAUUACCAUAGUUUUUGUUUUGUUACGUUCUUUAGUAAUCUUUAAACGUACGAUGUCAGUCAGUGCGAGUGCGGAGAACCUUUCAACGGAUGCACAGAGUUGUGAUGGAGGCACAAUGUGUCUGGAGCUGGCCCUGGAGGGAGAAAGGCUGUGUAAAGCUGGUGACUGCCGAGCCGGGGUGGCCUUCUUCCAAGCUGCCAUACAAGCUGGCACCGACGAUCUCCGAACACUCAGCGCUAUCUACAGUCAAUUAGGCAACGCUUAUUUUUAUUUAGGAGACUAUAGUAAGGCCAUGCAGUAUCACAAACACGAUUUAACAUUAGCUAGGACAAUGAAUGACAAGCUCGGCGAGGCGAAAGCGUCGGGAAACCUUGGCAACACUCUCAAGGUGAUGGGCAAAUUCACCGAGGCGAUACAGUGUUGCAAGCGUCACUUGGAGAUCUCCCGCUCUUUGGGCGAUAGACUGAGCGAGGGCCGCGCGCUGUAUAACCUGGGCAAUGUGUACCAUGCGCAGGGCAAACAACUGGGUCGCGUGGGUCAGAACGACCCUGGCCACUUUCCGCAGGAAGUACGCGACUGCCUCAUGCAAGCUGUUGUAUAUUACAAGGAGAAUUUAGAGUUAAUGCGCAGCCUGGGUGAUCGUCAGGCGAUGGGGAGAGCGUGUGGCAACCUUGGCAACACCUGCUACCUGCUGGGUGACUUCAACCAGGCGAUUAAAUACCAUACGGAGCGGUUGAGGAUUGCCCAGGAGGUGGGAGACAGGGCAGCCGAGAGACGAGCGAAUAGCAACCUGGGAAACUCACAUAUAUUUCUGGGAGCGUUCGAGAAUGCUGCCGAACAUUAUAAACAAACUCUCGCUCUCGCUGAAGAGCUAGGAGACGCGGCAGUCGAAGCCCAAGCGUGCUACUCCCUCGGUAACACGUACACCUUGCUCAGAGAGUACCGUAUAGCCGAGGAGUACCAUGCCCGACAUCUCACAGCAGCCAGGAAGCUGCAGGACAGAGUUGGAGAAGGCAGAGCUUGCUGGUCGCUUGGCAACGCCCAUGCGGCAUUGGGCAACCACGAGAAAGCGCUGUACUAUGCGAAGGAGCAUUAUAAUAUAUCGAAGGAGCUGGGUGACGUGUUAGGCAUGGCCACGGCACAGAUGAACAUAGGCGAUUUGUGCAAGGUGCUGGGGCUGCCUGUGGAGGCUGCACCCUCGCCACCGCAAGAAACGGACCAAACUCCCCAGACUCCCUUCAUAGCCCUGCGCGUUAGACGACAGAGUAUGGAGCAGUUGUCCCUUAUACAGAUAACACCCGAUGCGAAAAAGAAAGAAGAGAAGUCUGACAUGGUCCGAGGGGAGUCGGAAGAGAGUGACAACCCCACGGAGAUGUUUGAGCUGCUGGCGCGCUGUCAGUCAGACCGCAUGGACGAGCAACGAGCGACCCUGGAUAAGGAGAAUCGACCGAGGCCGAAGGUGCAACGAUCGGCUAGCAACGGGAAGGAGAAUAAUGGACAAGAGGCCACCAACGAAAUGCUGACUCUCAUCUCGACGCUCCAGUCGGAACGCAUUGACUCCCAGCGCGCCGAAUUGCGUCCCGUUUCCAAGACCAAGCCGAGGAGGCCCUUCCCUGGUCUUCUCUCCCAUGGGUCCAUCAAGGAGCCCAAGUCUGAUGACUUCUUGGACAUGAUCGAGAAGAUCCAGGGAACCCGCUUGGAAGACCAGCGCACUGAGCUGCCAGCCAAGAAACCCAAAGAGAAGAAGAAGACUCUGCCGGAUGAUGACUUUUUUGCUCAGAUCAUGAGGGCUCAGGCAGGGCGGAUGGAGGAUCAACGGGCCUCUAUUCCUCUGAAAGAAAAGAAGGACCAAAAUAAGCCAACUAACUCCAAAAAGUAAACGCGCACAAUAAUUAAAUCUUCUCUAUGAUUAUUAGUAUGUAAAGCUUAUUAUUUUACGUGCAUGCAGUGAAAUAUGCAACAGUAGGAUAAGUGUUGAAGUAUUAUAAUAUCUCCACGUUUCUUAAUUUAAGAGGUUAGUUAACUGUCAUUAUCAAACUGACAGUUAGGGUCAGCUGCAAAACCGAGACAAAAUACGGCGAUGCGUAAUAUCGAUUGAAAUAUCAACUUUUUUUCAUCUUAGAUAAAUUUGACUUCGGAACUUCUUAACUUUAAGAAACGUUUGAGUAGGUAGUCAAUCCUUGCAACUUCUAUUCCCUUUUAACCGACUUCCUAAAGAAGGUUAUUAUGUGUCAUAUACUGAAAUGACCCCACCUAAUAUAUUUGUGUGAUUUAAAUGUGCUAAGAUCAUGAGAUAAUAUUGAUGUGAAAUUACCAAAUCCGAAUUUACAUUCCGUUCAGUGCAUUUUCAUAGCUGAAUGUUUAAAAUUAAUUUAUUACUUAUGCCGCUAGAGGGCAGAAUCACCGAAGCGCCAUCUAUGGGUUUAUAAAUGCGAAAACCUAGAAAUAGUGACAGUUUAUCGUGAUACUUAAAACAUGACGCCAUAGAAUUUCUUUCCACGGAAGAAUAAUAUUAUACAGAAUCACUUUUGUCUAUUCUGCCUUUGAAAACAACUCUUCGGUGGCUAUGCUAAGUAUGCUAGUGGCUAUGUGUUUAAAGUGCUGCAAUUGACAUAAAAUUGACCUGGUUCACACUCCUGUCAAUACAAUAUGGCGCCGAAUUCAAUUACGUGACAGUCUAAUGUGAUCCAGUGCAAUAUGAUCCAACCUGUAUAUCAGAAACACUUAAGAUUUCUUUUUAAUUUAUUCUCGAAGAUAAAUAGCAAAAGUUGCAUAUUCCUGCAUCUUUUGUUGCCAGGUUCUGUCAUUUGAAAUAAAAACUUACUGUCAUUAAGGUAUUUAAAGAAAACGAUUGAAACGAUAGACGAAAAAUAUUUUAAAACUUGAAAGAACAGAUGGUGCUACCUUCAAUCGCUUUCUUUAAAUGAGGAAGCACUUUUAUUUACUCUUUUACUUAAGUUUAAGUACUUGUUAUCCUUCGUAGAAAGUAGAUCUCAAAAUGAUGACAAAAAUGGCCAUGGAAUGUUUUAAUGUAUUCGGCAUUAAAAACUUUACCAUUGGUUGCUGUAACAUUGUGUGCAGUUAAACGAAGUUUUAAUGUCUUUUGGGAGUAUUAGCUUCACAUACGAGUAAACAGUGAUUUUUUAAUUAUUUGUUAAUAGUGCAGAAGCUUUUGUACACAAUAAAUUUGUGAGUACUAAUAGUGUACUGUUUUAAUUUGACUAUACUUCUAAUUGAAUAUUGCUUUACAAAAACCUUUUUUAGCCAAUUGCAUGUACGACAUCCGAUGGUAAAUAGUUUUCUGACGGCCUAUGACACGUACGGAAAGGUGUCUAAUUGCGUAAAUUUAAUAAUAUUCUAUUUAUUUUAUUAUUAAUUUGUAUAGUUUUGUUUUUCUUUAUUUUUUAAGCUCACUAGGAAGUUGACUGUUUUGUAAUGUUUCAAACUCGCGGCCAAAAGUUUUCUCUCUCGCUCUUUAUUAGUAGCAGAGAGAGAGAUGAAAGAUAUGUACGGUCGCCGACAAAAUUUGUGUACCACAUUUAUAUCUUAAUAGCAUCAUAAAUAAGAUACAAACUGGUAACCAUCUGUCAACGGCUGUACAUUUUAUUUCAUAAGGCAUCUCGGCGCGUGUUUGUACUCCGGAUAGGACAUAAAGACUUCGAAACAUAUUUGAAUAAAACUAAUAAAUAUAGACCUACGAAUGUGAGGGUUAGUGAGAACUCAUCAAAAACCCUCUAGAUCAAAAUCGAUAUAGAAUCAAAUAAAUCAACAUCAAAAUAUUUUCUCGAGUAAUGCACUGAAUUUGUGCAACUCAGCAAUUUAGUUUUAUUUGUAUUCACUAUUGUUUUUUCACAUACUCUUUAUCACUAACGCUCGAUUCGAAUUUUUAUCUUUAAUAAUAAAAAACAUUUUGUGCUUCAUAUACUUACGUGUGCUUUAGAUUUUAGAAUGUUACUGUAUCAAUUUAAUCGGGCUCUAACUUUAUUUGCUGUCCAAGAAUAUUAUUCUUGUAAUAGAUAACCAGGGCACUUAGCCAACGCUAUCGUGAAUUUCACUGUCGCAUACAUUUCGAAAUUACACAGAAAAUAUCGAUAGCGCCUUCGCUAAGGUCUCUAUUUCGCAACUAGCAUUUAAAGCUAUAUCGAGGCCUCUUUGGCCUUUGAAAAGGUGGCUUACAUAAAAUUUUAAAUAUUUAAUGUAGGUUCAAAGUUGCCAAAUGUAAGUGCUCAUUUUUUAAUUCAACAUACUUUUGAAAUUGAAUAUUUACUUCGAUUAAAAAUGUUAUUCUUGUGGCUAUUUUACAUUUUAA